AUGGGGAAAAAAAGGAAAUUUAAUGCUUUUCGUUUCGUCCGCCUGAGUUUCGUUGACACUUUCGCCGCCCACCCUUCAAUCCUUUUGUCCAACCAGCUAACCCUCUGUCCAUCCCUGGCAGCCUUCUCGUAUCUAACCAUAAAGGUCAAAUCUUGGUUGAUUAAUCUUACGUUUAUAUCUAUCUAUCUAUCUAUCUAUCUAUCUAUCUAUCUAUCUAUCUAUCUAUCUAUGUGUUUAUUUGUGACUAUAUCAUAUCAUAUCUAUCUAUCUAUCUAUCUAUCUAUCUAUCUAUCUAUCUAUCUUAAAUGUUUACACAGAAGCUUUUUGAACAGAAACAAUACUUUUGAUUUUUUACAUUUAUUAUUUUAUAAACCCUCACGCCUUUUUCUAUCUAUCUAUCUAUCUAUCUAUCGAUCUAUCUAUCUAUCUAUCUAUCUAUCUAUCUAUCUAUCUAUCUAA